CAUACACAUUUUUGUCAGUGACAUUUUUGUUUACAUUCCGUUCGAUCACCUACAAAUCAGAUCUCCAUCGAAAAAGGGCUUUAUAACCGAAAUUAUGUUCAAAAACACGUUUCAAUCGGGUUUCCUUUCGAUAUUGUAUUCGAUUGGCAGCAAACCAUUACAAAUCUGGGACAAAAAAGUGCGAAAUGGUCACAUUAAACGAAUUACAGAUAACGACAUACAGAGCUUGGUACUGGAACUGAUUGGAACCAAUGUGAGCACAACGUUUAUAACAUGCCCGGCAGAUCCGAAGAAAACUCUGGGAAUCAAAUUGCCCUUUCUGGUGAUGAUCAUAAAGAAUUUGAAGAAAUACUUUACAUUUGAGGUUCAGGUUCUGGAUGACAAAAAUGUACGACGAAGAUUCCGUGCCAGUAACUAUCAGUCAACAACUCGAGUGAAACCGUUUAUUUGCACGAUGCCAAUGCGGCUGGAUGAGGGCUGGAAUCAAAUCCAAUUCAAUUUAUCAGAUUUUACCAGACGCGCUUAUGGCACCAACUACGUGGAGACACUGCGUGUACAAAUUCAUGCAAAUUGUCGAAUUCGACGGGUGUACUUUUCGGAUCGAUUAUAUUCAGAGGAAGAGUUACCAUCCGAAUUUAAAUUGUUUUUACCCAUACAAAAACCAGCACCGAAGGCACUAGCUAAUCAAUGAAUUGAUCAGACAGAUUGUAUGAUUUAGGAGCGAAUGUUGAAUUUAAAAAGAUUUUAAAUUUCAAAACGACUGAAAGUUUACCAUUUAUGAUGCACAAUUGUGAGUUUCAUUGUUAACUCAAAGUAAUGUCAAUCAAUUCACAUUUACAACAUUUUUUUUCACUCAAAAGCUUAAACCAUUUGUAUCACGCGUUUUUUGUGUUACCAACCACGUUGUGUCACGUAAAGUUAUCAAACGGAAAAAUAAUAAAAAAAUCUAACGACCCUCUGGACUGAAA